UCCAUGCUCUGCUUCCCCAACCUCAUAUAGUGCACCCCCAUCUACCUUCCUCCCUUCUCUAUCUCCCUCUCGAUGUUUCGCAGAUUCCUCACCUCCUCUCUCUCUCGCUCUUCCCCUCCUCCCCUCCUCCUCCUCCGCCCCAAAAUCCUCCCAUCCCCGAAUUCCCUCCACCGCCCCUACCCAAAACCCACCCUCUCACUUCCCUCCAACACCCGACCCUUAUCCUCCCAAAUGGGCGACGCCCGUCGACCCGGUUCGGUUCCCAUUCCCCACAUCGAAAAAGCCGACCGCUCCGAGCUCCUCCGCGCUCUGGAGUCUUCUCUGGGAUCGGCCUUCAGCUCCGAGCCGCUCUGGCCCAGCCCAAGCCCCCUAAUUAUCGUCAUCAGCGGCCCCAGCGGCGUCGGGAAGGACGCCGUCAUAAAAAAGCUCAAGGAUUCCAACGAGAACUUGCAUUUCGUGGUAACGGCGACGACCCGCGCAAUGCGUCCCGGCGAAGUUCACGGCAAAGAUUAUUACUUUGUGAGCAAAGACGAGUUUUUGACAAUGGUGGAGAGGAACGAGCUUCUGGAGUACGCGCUGGUGUAUGGAGACUACAAGGGGAUUCCCAAACAGCAGAUUAGGGAUGAAUUGGGGAAAGGGUACGACAUCGUUUUGAGAGUCGACAUCCAGGGUGCUCAUACUCUGAGGAAGAUUCUUGGGAACUCGGCUGUUUUCAUAUUUUUGAUGGCGGAGAGUGAGGCCAAGCUUGUGGAGAGGCUGAUUGACCGGAAAACCGAGACGAAGGAAUCGCUUCUUGUGAGGGUUGCGACUGCUAGGGAGGAGGUGAAGCACGUUAAGAAUUUCGAUUAUGUGGUGGUGAAUGCGGAGGGGAGGUUGGACAAUGCGGUGAAGUUGGUGGAGUCCAUUAUCGACGCGGAGAAAGCUAAGGUGCAGCAGAAGAGUUCUGUGAUAUAGCUGUGGAGGUAAAUGUGGUAGCGGGUCGAAUUUGUGUUUUACGAGUUUAAUCUUAGUUAUAAAUUGUUCAAUUUGAAUGGAUUAGUUUCGCGUGUGGAAGAAGGCACGCUAUGAUCCAAGUUCUAAUGGUUUAUAGGAAGUUGUUUAUUUUGUAACAAUUUGAAUGUGAAUUUUAGAACCUAGGAAAAUCAACUGCUUUAAGUAGUUGCAGUUCACAGAAUCACAAUGUGCUGUUCAAGAAAUUGGAAGCAAGCUAUUAUCUUUAUUGAAGUUAUCUUUAUUAA